CACGAACCAGUGAAGGAUCAAUCAGCCAUCACCACAAAUUGAGAGCUGAAAUUGCUGAAAAGCCGCUCUCUCACGUCUCACCCUUUUUUAAUUUUUUAUCAUUUACAUAUAAACCCUAACACUUACCAAUCCAUAAUCCAUUCACUGUUAUGGCUUCACUAACUCUUCCUCCUCCUUCGCAAGCUUCUCCUUCGUCCUAUUUCUUUCGCGGCUCUUCUAUCGCCCAUGCAGCUCUCUCUUUUACUAACUCUCACUCCCGAAUCCAUGUAUCUAAUGCCGUUAGAUGUGACCUAUCUGAGAAACUGAGUUUUCCAAACGGAAAGCCCAAUAUUCCAAUUCUUAACGAACGGACGCUGCCAAAAUUUUUGGAAUCAGCACGAAUGGAGAAAACAGUCAGCAGAACUAAUACCAGAUUAAAAUUAUUCUCCGGCACCGCCAAUCCUGCACUUUCGCAGGAAAUUGCUUGGUACAUGGGCUUGGAAUUAGGAAAGAUCAACAUAAAGAGAUUUGCUGAUGGUGAAAUUUAUGUUCAGUUGCAAGAGAGUGUUAGAGGCUGUGAUGUUUAUUUGGUGCAGUCCACAUGCCCUCCGGCUAAUGAGAAUCUCAUGGAGCUUUUAAUAAUGAUUGAUGCCUGUAGGAGAGCAUCAGCUAAAAAUAUUACAGCUGUGAUUCCUUAUUUUGGAUAUGCUAGAGCUGACAGAAAGACAUAUUCUUUCCAGACUCAAGGGCGUGAAUCUAUUGCUGCCAAACUUGUUGCAAAUCUUAUCACAGAGGCAGGUGCAAACCGCGUUCUUGCCUGUGAUCUUCAUUCAGGGCAAUCUAUGGGUUACUUUGAUAUUCCGGUUGACCAUGUAUACUGUCAGCCUGUGAUCCUUGAUUACCUUGCAAGCAAGUCGAUUUCCUAUGAUGACUUCGUAGUAGUUUCACCGGAUGUUGGUGGAGUAGCAAGAGCUCGUGCUUUUGCAAAAAAGUUAUCCGAUGCACCUUUAGCCAUUGUCGAUAAAAGGCGUCAUGGACAUAAUGUAGCUGAGGUGAUGAACCUAAUUGGGGAUGUAAAAGGAAAAGUUGCUGUGAUGGUGGAUGACAUGAUUGAUACUGCUGGGACUAUUGCAAAAGGGGCAGCUCUUUUACAUCAAGAAGGAGCUAGAGAAGUUUAUGCCUGCUGUACACAUGCUGUUUUCAGCCCUCCAGCAUUAGAGAGGUUGUCGGGCGGUUUGUUUCAAGAGGUGAUAAUUACAAACACACUUCCAGUAGCAGAGAAGAACUACUUCCCGGAAUUGACUGUUCUUUCAGUAGCAAACUUAUUGGGGGAAACCAUAUGGCGUGUACAUGGUGAUUGUUCAGUGAGUAGCAUUUUUCUGUGAUGAAGGUUGAAGGUAUCUCCUUCAAUAUAGUAUACACAGGUCUUUGGUUAUGGCCUAAUCAUGGGUUUCAAAGUGGAGAAUUUUGAUUUUCUCCAGAAUUUUUGUUUUUUUACCAUAAUUGUUUUUAUCAUUUUAUAAAAGUUUUUUUAUACAAUUAUAAUAUUUAGAAUGUGCAAGGUAAAUUGGUGUCUAAUUCGCUGGUAUUGCUAUGUAAUGUCCACUCUAAAAGAAAUAUAUAUUCUCAUAAAUUGAAACUUUUAUUGAUGGCUA